AUGGAAUCGAUAAUCGAACAAAGAAAACAACAACCACCUUCCUUUGUGAUCCGCCUCAUGCAGCUCACUUGGACGCGUAUACGAGAGUCACCAGCGACCAAAAUAUAUACCACUGCAGUUGUCAUUUCCAGCAUCCUCGGGAUCGUGUUGGAAAUCCUGAUCGCGGUUGCACACAGGAACGCUACAAACGAUCUUUGGCAAUCGAUCAGCGAGGGUCACCUUCCAAGUUCUCCCUUCAGCCCAGUCAACCCAAACAAUGGACGCAUUGACACGCUUAUCAACCUACGACGACUUAUGGAUGAGAACGUGUUCUUUAUUCUCUUUUACAUCUUCCAACUCUAUCUUGGUAUUGACGCAGUGGUACGCCAAAGUGUAAUCCAGUUGGUUGCUCACGCUGGCAACAGCUUCAUUUGCGUCAUCUUGGCACUUGUACAGCUUGGCGAAACACUAAAAUGGAAUCAUCGUGUUAGCGACGCGUAUAGCACCACAACAGAAUCAAUCCAUGACAACGGCUUCUACUCUGCUUUGCAUUGCGAAAUUGCACUUGCUUCCUUGAUGGCUGUUAUCACUUGCAUAUUCACCUAUAUAUGUUUCAAGCUCAUUCAUCAGUUUGGCUGGAAUACUUACAAGCGUAUCGGUGCAGAUCCAAAGCUUCAAAGACGAUUCAAGAAAUGCCAGCUCUUUCUAUUAUCGCUCAAGUUGGAUGGAUUCUUCCAUAUUGUGUUUUCUAUAUUCUGGGUGGUGGUCAUGACCCAGGAAGGCUAUCAUCAAGGAUCCCCAGCAGCAAAAACCUGGUAUUCGUUGCACUUCAUAUUGACAGUCGUCCAGUUCCCAGCUCCAUUUGUUGCUCGACAAGGUCUUCGUACGGAGCGUAGCAAGUUUAUGAUCCCUUUCCUCGUCCUUCAUGCAUUAUUGGUCAUCGACUUUAUUAUCAUCCUUCAACAAAGCUCCACCGUUUGGACCUUUUGGGUGCUUGCAGUAUGCCUUGCCAUCGUUCUAUCACUGGGCACCAUUGUACUUGGCGCUAUUGUAACUCACAACUUUGGUAAAGGUCUUAAGCCUUAUACACAAAGGUUAUUUGACAAGAACUAUCGCUAUCGACUUGAUCCAACAGCAAAUCCCACCUUUCUCGAGAAAAACAACCAAAAGACUGGCACUGCAGAUACAUGGGCCAUUGAUGAUGAUAUUGAUGAAUACGAAGAAGGCGGUCCAACGCAACGAGAUAAUCAUUGA